GACGACCCUAUAACUGCAUCAUUUCCUGGACUGCUGUAGGGCAAUAAUUUUUUCCUGCAACUGAAUCGGCUGCUGCCAGCAUAUAGAAAUCGAACCAUAAAAACACAUACCAGCCUGUCGUAUGGCGGUGGAUAACAUGAAGACAGCCAGCAGCUCUAGCUCGACACCCAUGGAGCUAUCGACACCAUCAGUCACCUUGACACACGAUAGGAUGGAGGAACAAAAUAGCUCAUCCGAAACUCUUGGUCCUGAUUCUAGCCCCUCAAUAUCAUGUUCAAAUAUGGAAGAAAUUGCAUUGGACAAGAAGAAUCUUCGUGGAAAACCACCGGAUAAAGAAGGAGAUGGCAGUUGUGCGAAGUUUUUGGUGGAUACUCCGCAAAGCGACAAAGAAGGGGUUUCAGAAGUCGAGACGAUUGAUGGAAGACCAAAAGAUGUAUAUGAUCGCUUUUCCAAGAGACAGAAGAACGUUAUCGUUGCGGUUAUAUCAUACUCCGCUUUCAUUGCUCCCAUGACCUCAUCUAUCUUCCUUCCUUCAAUACCGACGAUGGCUGUCGACCUACAUUCCUCAGCUGAGGUCAUCAACUAUACUGUCGCGAUAUUUUUGGUCACUAUCGGUGUUGCCAGUGUCUUUUGGUCUCCUUACUCUGGAUUUUACGGACGAAGACCGGUGUAUCUGGCUAGUAUGCCGAUCAUGGUAAUAGCUAGCAUAGGAGUCGCUCAAUCGAAGAACAUCGGGGCUAUCAUUGGCACCCGUAUCUUGCAGGGUAUAGGAAGCUCCUGUGUGCUCAGUGUAGGGGCGGGAACCAUUGGAGAUAUCUUCAGACCUACUGAAAGAAGUCGAGGUAUGGCGACUUACUAUAUGGGUGUCCUUAUCGGGCCUGCCUUGAGUCCAAUACUAGGCGGGAUCUUUACCGAGUAUACUUCACAAACUUGGCGUAGUGCCCAAUACUUUCUGGCUGGGUGUGGUGCGUUAUCGGUUGUCCUCACCUUUUUCUUUCUGCCUGAGACAUUCCACCCGCCUACCGUGCACGAGCGUCUGAAAAAGGAGAGAGGGAAGAAGUUUGUGAUGUAUUGGGUGAAUCCUUUCAGGUCAGUGAUGCUGUUGAGAUGGCCAAACAUAGCGAUGGCUUGUUUUAUCUCAAGUUGCGUAAUGCUUGAUACCUACUGUGUCAUUGUUCCACUCUCUGCUGUUUUCAAAGAUAGAUAUAACAUCCACAACACUGCUAUUGCAGGUUGCUUAUUCCUCGUGAAUGGUGCAGGUAACAUCAUCUCGAGUAGGAUUGCCGGACCAUAUGCCGACCGCAUUGUGAAGAAGUACAUGGGAAAACGAGGAUACAGAAGGCCAGAGGACAGACUGAAGGCUAGCUUCUGGGGCACUCUGAUUCUGAUGCCAAUAUCGGUCUUGAUAUACGGGUGGUUGCUGAAGUUUGGCAAAGGAGGAAUGGCUCCACCUUUAAUCAUGGUGUUCCUCAACGGCAUCUCUUUAAUGCUCUGCCUUACGCCUCUCAAUACUUAUUUGGUAGACUGUAUGCAGUCGCGAAGUGCUGAGGUCGUGGCUAUAAACAAUUGUAUUCGAUACAUCUUUUCGGCGGCCGCCUCUGCUUUCGUCCUUCCACUAGCCAACGCGAUCGGUUGGGGCUGGACCAUGACAAUGUGCGCUUUCGUUAGCUGGCUGGCAGCCGGAUCAUUGUUUAUUCUGUGUCGUUACGGAGAACGCUGGCGGGAAGCCGCAAAUAUCCGUUAUGGCAUCACCGAAGUCGAAGCUCAAGAAGAGCGCGUUGACGGGGGCAAAGAUGAAGAAGCUGCUGUUGUUGAGAAUAAUACAAUCGAAGACAGGAGGGCCUCCGAUGGAUACGGGGAAUACCUUGAAGGACCGGUACCGAUGGAGAAAAACUUUUCUAGGACAAAGUCAAGAACAAAGACCGUGGAUAGGCAAAUUAGUAGAAAAGAGGGCGAAUUGCCUCUUGUGGAAGAAGUGUUGAAGAGACAAGUGUCUUUUUCUGGCCCUUCAAUCCAUGGCGGGGGUUAAUUUUAUGCUGAUUCUUUUGACGAAGGAAUUAUUGGGCAAGAAUCAAAGAGUAUGAUAAUUUACAAAAUAUAUAAUGAUGGCCAUUGUAUGCAAAUAACCAAUAUAGUGUCUCG